UCGCAAUUUUUUUGGUUGCUGUUGUUUUCAUUUGCAUUAUCUUAUUACCCGACAGAGCGAAUGAUGUUUGAAGGGAGGGAACUAGUGUCCCCUGAGGCGCACACUGUGUUUGGCACAGCGGAUGCGCGCAGCAAAUGGUCAGAUCAUAGUUUGCUUUUAGAGAUAAACAUGCUCCAGGGACCACUUUUCCCUCUGCCGUAAGACUUGAUUAGAUUCUGCUUAGUCCUGUUUUAAAUCCUUGUUCGGGGGGAAGCCAUAAACACAGGAGGACACGCGCUCUUGGAGAGUGCGCGAGUUUGCUGCGCAAGUUUGGAGAGCAGGCGCCGGCUGGAGAGCGCCCGGUGCGCGCGUUAAAUCCCAAACAACGCCGGGACGAUCACUGAAGAGGCUCUGAAGAUGAACGACACGGACACAUUCUGCUCAAACAACCAAACCCAGAACUCGACUGACCCGUCAUGUCUGAACCCAGCCCCGUCGCCUUACAGCCACAUCGACAUCACCACUUUCAUGCACAUUUUCCCAUCCAUCUAUGGCAUCCUGUGCUCGGUCGGAGUCAUAGCCAACGGACUGGUCAUCUACGCGGUGAAGGCGUGCAAGAAGAAAAUGGUCUCGGACAUCUACGUGUUGAACUUGGCGAUUGCCGACAUGCUGUUCCUGCUUGUGAUGCCCUUCAACAUUCACCAGCUGGUCAGAGACAGACAGUGGGUGUUCGGAAACUUUAUGUGCAAGGCUGUGGUGGUGGUGGACGUCAGCAACCAGUUCACCACGGUGGGGAUUGUAACUGUGUUGUGCAUUGACCGGUACAUAGCUAUUGUCCACCCCACCUCAGAGAGGAGGACCAUCCAGUGGACCAUCAUCAUCAACAUGCUGGUGUGGCUGGGCAGCUUCCUCCUCACUGUCCCGGUCAUGCUGUACGCCAAGGUCGUACGCAGGCAGCACUUGGAGGUGUGCAUGAUGUAUCUGGACGGGCCCGAGGACAUGUACUGGUACACGCUCUACCAGUCCAUCCUGGGCUUCAUCAUCCCUCUCAUCAUCAUCAGCACCUUCUACUCGCUCACCCUCUACCACGUCUUCAGCUCCAUCCGUCGCGUCAAGCGCAAGCAGUCCGUUUGGGCCAAACGGGCCACCAAGAUGGUCCUGAUGGUCAUCGCCCUCUUCCUGGUAUGCUGGUCGCCCUACCACGUCAUCCAGGUGAUCAACCUGACCAACAACACCCCCACCCUUGCCUUCGUCUACGCCUACAACAUCAGCAUCUGCCUCAGCUACUCCCACAGCUGCAUCAACCCGCUCAUGUUGCUCAUCUUCGCCCAGAAUUACCGCGAGCGUCUUUGCUCCAGGAACGCACUGCACAGCUCCCAGCACUCAUCCAAGAUCACCGUGGUCAAAACGGAUGGUUCCAGUACCACCAAUGAUCCCAACUACCGCUGCACUGUCAUCUAACAAGACAGAUGUGGUUUUGUAUAUACACGUAAAAAUGAUGCUGCUGGCCAAAGACGAAGCACGAUGAACGGCGUUGACUGUGAGGUAGCGUCCUCCAGCUUUUUUUUUUUCUAAAAAAUAAGUCGGAUAUUGAUGUCAUACGAAACACUUGGUUUCGAGUUUUGAGCGGCACCAUUUACCGUGACUGAAAAAUAUGUAAAAAUACAGGUGAUGUCAAAGGUUUCAACAUAUAUGGUGCAAUACUCACUCACUUACAAUCACAUACUUUAUAAUCACCUCCCCCACCUCCCACUGCCGAUGAAGACAUGCCGAUGUCCACAUGCAAACUCUCUGCCAUGCCCUGCUUCUCCCCUUAAAUCUGAUUUAUCAAUGUAUGACGGACCUGGUUCACAGAACUACCCUUGUCCUAGACCUACACUCGUUACAAAAAUGAUGGUAAUGUGUUUGUCCACUCUGUCCCUCCAUCCCUUGUUAUUUGUUAUCAUUUUGGGUUGGUUAUUUUUUAUCAUUAUUAUUCUGAUCAACGAUGAGAUGACAAACAAUUGACGUACAGGUUAAUUACUGACUCUAAAUGACCUGUCGGUGUAAAUUUGAGAGCGAAUGGUCGAUUGUCUUGAUGUGUCAGCUCUGUGGUGGACUGGAAAGCUGUCCAGGGUCUAAACAAGCCUCUCGCUCAAUGUCAGCUGCUCAUGACCCCUUAAAGGUUGGCGGUGACAGAUAUGUAUAUAUAAUGUGAUGGAUAAUUUAUAUUUUUCUUUGUCUUAGCCAAUGUAAGUACUGUAUCUCAUAAAGGUUUUGACACAUGACAUAUGCUGUAAAUGAUAAUGGAUCUGAACUUUUAGCACACGUUUGUUGCAAAUGUCUUAUUUCAACAGAGAUACUGGUUGAAUACUGUUACAUUGCAACCUAGUCUCAUCACUAUGGUUAAAAAUAACACAACUUAACACUUUUAAAUUGUGUGCAGUACAACGACCAGCAUCGACACUGAGCCCAGUGUUGUCUGCAGGUCAUAUGUUAGUCCCUCUGAUUAACUUCUUUGGAGAGAACAUCCUCAGUGAGGUGACAUUUGUCAUCACGGCUACAAAAAUAAACACAAAAUGGUCACAGUUUGGCUACAACUUGUUUAGUUACGUAAGAGAGAUUACAUUAAUUUAAAUAUGUUACGUAUGUUAAGUUAUGAAUUUAAGUUAAAACAAGACUCAUCCAUCGACCCCGACCCAACACUUUUUACGCAUGUCAUUUGGACCUAUUGGUUUUGAAACAAGAUUUUGUGGGAGGGAUCACCUGCAUGCAAACCUGGACUUAUGUCUUUUAUUUGCACACGGAUUCAAGCGACUGCAACUGGGUUGUAUUUUGCUAUUUCUAGCCUUGGCAGAAGAACACAUUUCUGUUUGUUUAAGACUAAUCUCUGCAAAAAGGAGCAUAAAUCACCACCGACUAAUCUACACUCAGUGUUUCAACAAAAUAAAGAAAAUCAGGAAUCUUGCAGACUGUCAGGCCUGUGGGGAGGCAGCUGAUCCCAGCGGAUGGAUUACAGUCUUAUGGAUUUGUUUAUUUAUCCAACUCCUUAAGCCUCCCGAGCUACAGUUGGAAGCUUUUCAGUUUAAGCUGCACACCUUGCACAUCUCUUAUCAGGUAGGGGUCAACUAAAAGAAAGACACCUACAGAGUGACAGACUGAGAUUUAGUGACGUUGAUACUAAACAGUAUAUUGAUAUUAUGUAUUGAUUUAGAUACAGUGUUGGUUGUCUGAGUUUGCAGAAUACUGUGGUGGUGUUUUCCUCCUAAUUUAAAAUGUCCUUCAGAUUGUGACUGGUGUUUUUUUUUUCUUUCUUUCUUUCCAUUUUCAGUGCAAGUCAAUCUGUAUUCACUCAAACUUCUCAGGAGCUAUAUUUAAGUCUGGGCUUUGAAGUGUAUCAUUUUUGACAAGGAGCUUUUUUCUUAAUGCAGUGAGAGAUAAAGUGAUAUUACGGAGACGACAAAGACAGCGUGAAGGACAGCUAAUGCAGGUAAUGCACAGCAUCAUGUCAUUUGCCUGAUUGUACAUUUACAUAAUGAACAGAGAGACGCAAUGUACAGGAAUAUAAUAUUUGCAUUAUCUUUUGACGUCAGUGUCAUUAAGUAUGUAAACAAUGACACUGGAGUAUUAAAUGUGAUGUAUUGUGUGCCAAGUACACACAACACUUUGUGCAGAGGUGCAUCACACUUUCAUAUAUGAUGUGAUUUGUGCAAAUUUUGUAGGCAUUGUUUUACUGGUGAAUGCUGGGCUAGGUGGGGAACUCGGCACCGGGGUCAUAGUCUCACUCUGUGGAAAUUCGUUAAUUGUACUUUUUUAACAAUGUUUUCCUUUGUAAUUUUCACCAGUAAUGCUUUAUCAUGGAUCCCACUGGUUUUCUUGCAAGACUGGGCCUAACCUGCCUCCGAUUUGCUUGCAUUUGUGGUUUUCAUAUGAAAGCCUUGAUACCUUUGCGGUCCUCGUAUUCUGUGGUUAAUACAGCCAACAAGUUUGUUUUUUCUAUGAGAGAAGGUUUGAAAAGCAACAUAGAUCAACUGUUAGGUAACUUCUUCUGUCAAAAAAAAAAAAUUGUGACAGAUUUUUUUUUUUAAUGGCCUUGCUGGACAAUCAGAGGGAGGGAGGGGAUUUUACUGUUCAAGCACACUACAAAUGACACACGAACUAUCUAUUUAGCGUGCUACUUCCUAACUGUUUGUUCAGCUGUUGUCUGGUGUUAAUGGGUUUUGUUGGUCUCAUUUCUUUGUGAAUCACACAGCCAGCGGUUGAGCGGAGUGGUGGAGCGGAUUGUGAGCUAUUGUUUCUUCAGUAAACAUCCCAACUUACUUGGCUGUGAAAAGUAGGCUUAAGAGGUUGGUUUGUUUACUGGAGAAACAGCAGCUCAUACACUGCUGUGGCAGAUGCCAUACCAGGCAAAUACUUACUUCUCUCAAACCAGAUAAACCCAGAUAAUCCCUGAUAACAUCAGUCUGACAUCAUCUGGGUGAUUUUCUCUUGACUCCAAAGCUCCUAUUGAGGCACAGAGGACUUAUAUAUAUAUGUAAGUCUAUAUAUACACAACUGUAUACACUCUGUAUAGUACUAAUAGUACAAUCACAAGCUCUCGUGUGGACAGGGACUGGACUCACUUUUAAGUGUUUGGUGUUGUUGAGUAGUUGUCACUCUCUUUUGAUGUUGAAGUGAUGAUUACUGUGUUCACUGGCCAAUGAAAUCUUUUAAAGAUGAUGUGGUUGCUGUAGUCUAUGAUCAAGUCACACACCAUAACUUGUAAUUAUAAAUGUAUGAUUUAUUAUUGUGUGUUUAAAUGAAUGUGCAUAAAGAGUCAGGCAGACACAGGGUGGUAUUCUUGUAUACUUACAGUUGUUUCCCAAAUGUCUUCAGUGGAGAAACUGCAGCCUGUUCUUUGAUCAUUAGUAAUUUAAGUUUUAUCACACAAACAGUUGCCCAGAGACCAUUUUCAUUUUUAUUUAAUUCACCAGUGCCCAUGUUUCUAUUUUUAACUACAAUAAAAAAUAAGUG